AUGGAGUCGCUCGCGGACUUUUGUCUCUCCUUGCUUCUCAUCGCGAACAAGGAAGACAGCCGGCUCUUCGACAGCAUCUACAACAAACUCUGCACCACGCUGUGCAACGUGUAUCCUCGCUCCCUGAUGGACCAGCCGGCCGUGAUCCAGAACACCUAUGAUCAGAUUCAAAGCAUGCUCUCCGAGCUGGUUCGCGAUCCCACGUCGAAGCAUUUCAGCAGUGCGAUGCGGAACCUCCUCGGCAUUGCGAUCGCUCGCGGCUCGGAGGAUUCGAUUCUCGCGAUGGUGGUGUCGUUUCUGAAGAUGAGUCCGAAGAGUCGAAUCGAUCUGAAAGCCACUGCGAGUUCCUUGGAUAAGUUCUUGGUCUCGACGUACAAUUCGUUGUAUCUGCUCGCUUAUGGAUCGAAUGAGUACGGCGAGCUGUGCGUGCCCCGGGGGAAGUCCGGAGUGACGCCCGUGAAAAAGUUCUUGUAUCGCUCCCACAAAUCCGUGAAGCAAGUCCAAGUGGCCGACCACGUGACAUUGGUGCUGUACGACGAUGGAUCGAUCGUCGCGAGCGGGAGCAAUCUCAACGGAGCCAUGCAAAUGAAGUACAACAGCACGGAGAACGUCGAGGUGGAGCUGUCGAUGCUGAGUAACGAAAAAGUCGUGCAGAUCGGCGAUAUCCGAUUCAGUUCCGUGAUUCUCGUUCUCACGGAAAGCGGCAAGCUGUACGGAUGGGGCAGCAACGCGUAUUCAAUGCUCUCUCAAAAGACUGGCGACUACAAAUCCAAGCCCACGCUCAUCAUGGUCCCUUCGAUGUCUCCGAUCAAACAGGUUUCGGCGGGAUCCAGCUUCGCGUGUAUUCUUUUGGAGAACGGGCAGAUUUGCUGCUGGGGCAACAACGCGCACUGCCAAUGCGGAUUCCUCCGCCCGAAUUCCAGGGAACGCAAUCCCAUUCCGAUCCCGACGAUCGUUCCCGGCGUCGAAGACAUUGCGGAGAUUUCCUGCGGAAAAGACCACACGCUCUGUCUCACGAGGGACGGCAGGCUGAUCGUGUUCGGAAGCAACGAGUACGGCGAGCUCGGUCUGUCGAAAAGCACUCGCUACACGGCACCCGUAGAAGUGCCGAUGCCCUGCAGGAUCGUGAAGAUCGCCGCGGGAUCGCAUCACAGCCUGGUGCUCGAUGAGACGGGCGCGCUGUACACGAGCGGAUCGUACGGAAGCAAAUCGCUCUUCCAGUUCUGCGAGGUCAUGAUGAUGAGGGAGGGCUGCGAGGCGAUCUAUGCUGGAGGCGACGUAGCCAUGGCGGUGACGAGCGAUCGGAAAGUGUACAUGUGGGGAAAAAGCAUUAUGGACGCGUCCUCGUACAAUUCGCAGCCCUGUGAAGUCAAGUUGCCGCCAUUCGGCUUGUUGCAGGUCUCGCUGGGUCUGUCGCACUACUGCCUUUAUUUGUCGGAGUACCAAACGGAUGUGAUGACCUCGAUGUUCAAUUUCAGCUCGGCCGAGUUUCAAUUGAUGAAUUACUGGAAUCCGGGCAAGGUCAUCAAGGAGUUCAAUGCGGAUCUCUCUUCAUUGUCGGUGUUUGAGUCCGUUUCGUUGAUGCUUUCUUACUUGACUCUCUCGAAUCGAAUCUUCUUUGAAAACCAGAAUGCGGAGACGUAUCCGGAAACUCCGAAUUGUUUUCUGAUGCACGUGACACCCAAAAGCAUUUCGCAGAACUUGGACCUGAUUACCGAGCUGCUCCAAAUGUACUUUGAAACGUAUAAGGGGAAUUCGGACUCGAAAUCCAGUGGACUUUCGACGGAUCGGAAGCGAAGCAUGAGCGAAUCGGUGCAGUCCACUCCGGAGCGAUUGACUCGACCGCCAUCGAAGAGCUUUUCAUUUUCUUUGUACUCUGGAAGGUCGCGUUCCAGCUCGCUUUCGCUAAGCGGUUCUGGGAAAGGCCUGCUGGGAACGAGCAUCAAUGAAGAUGAUUUCGAAAUGGACGAAAACGAAUUGCUGCAGAUGGACAUGAAUGGCUAUCAGACCAUUGACCACAAGCAUCAAGCGAAGCGAUCUCACGCCAUGAAUGCGUCCUAUGAGAAUAAGGACGUGCUGUACGCGCUUUAUUGCAGCAUUGAGCUUCUGUACGCUCAGCAACUCUACUAUUUCCAUUCGAAAUCCACGGGUCGGCUUUCCGUCUUCGCAGUGGACUCACAGAAACCGACCAGUUUAUUCAUGUUGCUCUUCAGGAUUUUGGAGAUCGAUAGUAAUAGUGUGGAGUUCUCUUUGAUCAAGAAGAGGGUGAAUGAUGUGAUUUGCAAUCUAAUGACUGACAUUAGCACGAUUUCGCCGUUCUUCAAUCUGAUCGGCAUGAUUUUCGAUGAAUACAACAUCAUCCAGAGCGAUCCGAAAAUGGAUCACUAUGCAUUGCUUGAUACUGUGUUAGCGCUGUUUAAGUAUUUAAAGAAGAACAAUUUGAUCGAGAAUCUUGUGUCAAGGGAUAAAUGCGCUUCCUUUGUGGACAUGCUGAAGCAAGUGUUCAGUCAUUUCUCGGAUAUCUUCUCCUCGUAUAUCCGAGUGCUUUCUUCGGACCAGCACGAUCUGGACGUGUCCGGCUUGACGGAUAUCGUUCAUUUCAUCCUGCAGCUCAUGUCGUCGAUCUAUAACAACGACUUCAAGAAAUUAUACGAUGGAUACAUGACCGCGCUGCAGGCGCUGAAGACGGACGGAGAGAACAUCAUCAACAUUUGCAACUGCAUUCUCGAGUUUUCGCAGAAGAUCUUGGGAUGCUUCGUGGAGACAACCAUGGUAGAAAACGAUAUCAGUAAGCAGCUUUCCGACUUCUUCAUCUCAUCACCGGUGUAUCGGAACAUCGAGUACAUUCUGUACGUGUGCUAUUCGAUUGUGCUGCAUUACUCGAACGUCGAGACCAAGAUCAGUGAAAAGGUGUUACCGAUCGUCCAGGAAAACAUGAAAUCGGUGUGUAUCUUGCUGAACCCGCUGAGCCAGAUCGUGAUUCUUCAGAACCAGUGCAUCGAUUUGUUCAAAAACAACAAAUCCAUCCAAGUUCGUAGGUAG